CAGAGAUGGCUGAACCAACAGAACCCAAGCACGCCAAGAGGGGGAGGAGCAGCAAGAGGGGGAAGAGCAGCAAGAGGGGGAGAGCAGCAAGAGGGGGAGGAGCAGCAAGAGGGGGGAGAGCAGCAAGAGGGGGGAGAGCAGCAAGAGGGGGAAGAGCAGCAAGAGGGGGAGGAGCAGCAAGAGGGGGGAGAGCAGCAAGAGGGGGAAGAGCAGCAAGAGGGGGAGGAGCAGCAAGAGGGGGGAGAGCAGCAAGAGGGGGAAGAGCAGCAAGAGGGGGGAGAGCAGCAAGAGGGGGGAGAGCAGCAAGAGGGGGAAGAGCAGCAAGAGGGGGAGGAGCAGCAAGAGGGGGAAGAGCAGCAAGAGGGGGGAGAGCAGCAAGAGGGGGAGGAGCAGCAAGAGGGGGGAGAGCAGCAAGAGGGGGGAGAGCAGCAAGAGGGGGAAGAGCAGCAAGAGGGGGAGGAGCAGCAAGAGGGGGGAGAGCAGCAAGAGGGGGAAGAGCAGCAAGAGGGCGAGGAGCAGCAAGAGGGGGGAGAGCAGCAAGAGGGGGAAGAGCAGCAAGAGGGGGGAGAGCAGCAAGAGGGGGGAGAGCAGCAAGAGGGGGAAGAGCAGCAAGAGGGGGGAGAGCAGCAAGAGGGGGGAGAGCAGCAAGAGGGGGAAGAGCAGCAAGAGGGGGAGGAGCAGCAAGAGGGGGGAGAGCAGCAAGAGGGGGAAGAGCAGCAAGAGGGGGAGGAGCAGCAAGAGGGGGGAGAGCAGCAAGAGGGGGAAGAGCAGCAAGAGGGGGGAGAGCAGCAAGAGGGGGGAGAGCAGCAAGAGGGGGAAGAGCAGCAAGAGGGGGGAGAGCAGCAAGAGGGGGGAGAGCAGCAAGAGGGGGAAGAGCAGCAAGAGGGGGAGGAGCAGCAAGAGCGGGAGGAGCAGCAAGAGCGGGAGGAGCAGCAAGAGCGGGAGCGCAGGGAGGGGAAGGAGAGCCUGGAAGUGCGCCGUGAGCCAUGGGUCCAACCCAGGGGGCAGCCAUGCAGACCG